CUCCCGGUGACAAAAAGUCCGAGGCGCAGGACUCGAGCGCGGGGUGGCUGGGUAGGUGGGUGGGAGAGAAGAACGAAUCCGGUAACUUUCAGAGGAGGUUCGACCACCAGGGGGAGGCGGGAAGAAAGAGAACCACGAACGAAGUUGGAGCGCUUGGUCGAGACCGCUGCCAUUCCUCCGCCAGCUUUUUUACAGAAACGAGCGCGCCUCGCCUUCUAUUCCUUCCCGCCUUUGGGCUGCCGCAGCCUCCCCGCGGAUUAUCACCCGAGCUACCGUCCCUUGUUUGCUUUCCUCGUUCUUUGGGGAGACUCGGUUGCUUCGGCUUGUCAAGUUUUGCUCCGCUGUCCUUUGCCAGAAGGGGGGAAACUUAAGAGGAAAAGGAGCAUCUGAGAGGAUACAGAAGACCCCCACCCACCUAUCCCCACUGGUGGUCUUCUUUUGGGGGGAGAGGGGGGUCUUUUCCCACUCCCUUUGUUUCUUCCUGCCCAACCCCAAACCUUUUUGACUUCGCCAUGGUGGCUAUUGGGAGAAGGAGGAGGACGACAGCAUGAAGCCUCCAGGAUGGGCGCAAACAAUGGCAAGCAGUACGGCAGUGACGCUAGAUUGUAAGGUGGAGACUGAUACAGAGAUUUGGGGCACCACAAGUGAUUCUGGGCCUUUCCUAAGCAAUGGAAUAUGGUGAUUUGAAGAAAUGUAAAGGCAGCUCAAGCAUCUCAUCCGACGUGAGUUCAAGUACAGAUCACACUCCAACCAAGACUCAAAAGAAUGCCGCCACAAGUGAAGAUUCCGACCUGAGCAUGCGCACUCUGAGUACUCCCAGUCCUGCGCUAAUAUGUCCACCAAAUUCACACAGCUUGCAAAAUGGAAAAGAAUCUUCUACAUCUUCUUCUUCAGUCACCGGAGAGACCAUUGCAAUGGUUCACUCGCCUCCUUCCACUUGCCUCACCCACCCUUUCAUUCAUGCUGCCUCUCGGCUUCAAAAAGAACAGGCCAAUAUCAACCGGCUUCCCGACCUUUCUGUGAUCCAGAUAUUUUCUUUUUUGCCCACCAACCAGUUGUGCCGCUGUGCUCGCGUGUGCCGCCGUUGGUAUAAUCUUGCUUGGGACCCGCGACUUUGGAGGACUAUUCGCCUGAUAGGGGAGACAAUCAAUGUGGACAGGGCUCUGAAGGUGCUGACACGACGACUUUGCCAGGACACCCCAAACGUCUGUCUCAUGCUGGAGACGGUAAUUGUUAGUGGCUGCAGGCGGCUCACAGACCGAGGACUUUACACCAUUGCUCAAUGCUGCCCAGAACUGAGGCAAUUGGAAGUAUCUGGUUGCUACAACAUUUCCAAUGAGGCGGUUUUUGAUGUAGUGUCCUUGUGUCCAAACUUGGAACAUUUAGAUGUAUCAGGUUGUUCCAAAGUGACGUGCAUCAGCUUAUCCCGCGAAGUUUCCAUCAAGUUAUCUCCUUUACACGGCAAGCAGAUUUCUAUUCGCUACUUGGACAUGAGUGACUGUUUUGUCCUUGAGGAUGAAGGACUGCACACCAUUGCCACCCAUUGCACUCAGUUGACACAUCUCUAUUUGCGCCGCUGCAUCCGCAUUACCGAUGAAGGCCUCCGGUACCUGAUGAUUUACUGCCCUUCCAUCAGGGAGUUGAGCGUGAGCGACUGCCGCUUCAUCAGUGACUUUGGCAUGCGUGAGAUUGCAAAGCUGGAGUUCCGCCUGCGUUAUCUCAGCAUCGCCCACUGUGUCCGCAUCACUGAUGUCGGUCUCCGAUACAUUACUAAGUACUGCAGCAAGCUGCGUUACCUCAAUGCACGAGGCUGUGAAGGCAUCACAGACCAUGGAAUAGAAUACCUGGCCAAAAAUUGCACAAAACUCAAGUCACUGGACAUUGGGAAAUGCCCUCUGGUCUCUGACAUUGGCUUGGAGUUCCUGGCUUUGAACUGCUUCAACUUGAAGCGACUGAGCCUGAAGUCAUGCGAAAGUGUCACCGGACAAGGCCUGCAGAUUGUAGCAGCCAAUUGCUUUGACCUGCAGAUGCUGAACGUUCAGGACUGUGAGAUUUCAGUGGAAGCUUUGCGGUUUGUUAAGCGCCAUUGUAAGCGCUGCAUUAUAGAGCAUACUAACCCUGCCUUUUUUUGAAGCGAGAGUCAUACUUGUUGUUGAAACAAAAGAUUAAAAUUGUUUGUAUGUACAUGUGCACAGUUUGUCCGCAUAUGCAACUAUACCUUUCUUAUACCAGGAGUAGCAACAUAGACUUUGGCCAUUACGUUGGUCCCUAUAUGAUAUCUUUUAGCAGCCUUACUCAACUCUUCAACUUCUGAAAACUGCAUAAAAUCAUCACUCUCUGGCCUUUCAGGUUACUGAGCGAGUGAUAUGUAUGUAGCGUUCAGAAAUCCCAAGGCAAGUAACAAGUCUAAAUUUGUUGUUGAUGUCAAACAUCCUGGGGUCUAAUUCAGAGUAAGUUUAAUUUUAACUCCUUGAAAACUUGUUGGAAAAGAUAGUUAUGAAAAAACAUUGUUGUUCUCUUUGGAACUUUGUCACGGCUAUCUUUAGCUAAGUUGGAAUGAUAAAAACCUCCCCUCUUUUAA